AUGACCUGGGCGUUUGUCUUUUAUGCCAUCGCAGCGGAUAUCCCUAACGGCGGUAUCAGCAACUUCUUCAGCCAGUUGAUCGUCGGAUUCGGGUAUACGCCCGAGCAGAGUCUGCUCUACGGCACCCCCGCUGGUGCUGUCGAAGUCGUAGCCUUGCUUCUCAACGGUUUCCUCGGCGACUACUACCAGCAGCGUAUCCUCGUUUCAUCGGGCGGCCUCCUUGUCGCCAUCCUCGGCACAGCUCUCAUGAUAGCUUUGCCCGAGAGCCUCUCCGUCGGCCGUCUGAUAGGUUACUACCUGACUCUGGCCUGUCCGACUCCAUUCGUGUGCAUCCUAGGCUUGAUAUCUUCGAACGUGGCAGGGUACACCAAGAAAACCACCGUUGCUGCGUUGUACCUGAUCGGAUAUUGUGUAGGAAACAUCAUCGGGCCACAAACGUUCCGCCCCGAGCAUGCCCCAGAGUAUACGCCCGCCAAAGCAACUAUCCUGGCAUGUUUCUCGGCCUGUCUGGUCGACAUGUACUUCAUCUGGUGGUGGUAUAACCGACAGAACGAAAAGAAGGCCAAACUCAGAGCCGAGCCGGGCUACACCAAGGUCGAGAAUCAGGAGUGGCUUGACCUGACGGACAUAGAGAACGCGGAGUUUACGUAUUCAGUGUAG